GGGCGCGCGGCCAACAGCAGGAUGUCGAAAGGCGGCAAGAAACGGGCGGACUCGAACCUGAAGGCGAGCCCGACCCCACUCCAGCAGGUCACCGUCAAAGAUACUGCUUCACUAGUUCUGAGCUGUGGAGGUACAGGAGGAACUACUGAAUCCAGGAAGACUCGGUAUCCUCUCUGGCCCGAGUGGAAUGAAGCAGAUGUGAAUGCUGAGAAAUGGGACUUAUCCAAAGGAGUUAAAGAGAAGGACAAAGCUGGUAAAAGUCCAAGUCUGCAAUUGUUUGAGGACCCAGAAGGGAAGAUUGAACUGCCACCGGCUCUUAAAAUUCACUCAUGGAAGCGUCCUCUUGAAUUUGUCCUCGAGACGCUACCUGUUAUUGUUGAGAGAGAAUCCUCAUUCGAUCUAAUGACUGCUAAUGAACAUAUUUUGGAGAGUGAGAUGAUGCGAUGGAUUAUCAGUGAAAUCAUUAUGUUGUGGCACACCUGCCAGGACUCUAAAUUAAAUGAUAAAGUCUUGCUGGAGGCAACGGGAUCUCCCUGGAAACCUUGGGAGCACAUAUAUGCCCUUUGUAAGGUUUCAAAGGGACACGUACCUCUUUACAACAGUUAUGGAAAGUAUGUUGUGAAGCUGUUCUGGAUGGGGUGCUGGCGCAAGAUCACAGUGGAUGAUACAAUGCCCUUCGACAAAAAUGAUAAAUUGUUGCUUCCAUCUUCAACCUGUCUGGGAGAACUUUGGCCAAUGUUGCUGUCGAAAGCUCUCAUAAAACUUGCAAGCAUUGACAUGAGUAAUACAGGAAGGAAAGAACUGGGGGACUUCACAGUUUUGCAUGCACUGACAGGCUGGUAUCCCGAGAUCAUCCCACUCCGAUCUGAACAGUCUGAGAGAGUUUGGUCCUUUUUGAAGACACUUGUUCCAGAAUUCACUUUUGCAAAUGAGGAACCGGCUGUAGCCAAAGUGCCUUCAUCAGAAUCAGUACAAAAAGUUGGAAAGGAGAACCAAGACAUAGUGGAAGUUGUCAGCACCAAACCAGUUGAAAAAGUAACCAAAGAAAGGACAGAAUCAAAGGAUAUUGGGAAGAAAAAGAAUAAGGAAGCAGAAUUCAAUAAAGAAAAAAGCAAACCAACAGUUCAACGACCAGCAUCUGUCUCUCAAACUGUAUCUCAAAUUUUAAUAGACAGUCUUCCUUCACCAGUGAUGCCACAAAUGAUGAUCUAUGCUACCUACUUCCCAAUACAGCUGUCAGAAAAGAAGAUUUCUUUACUUGGACAAAUGGCUGAUUCCUCAGAGAAGUUGCGACACUAUGGACUUUCCCAUGCACAUAGCCAUCCAGUGAUGGUUACAAGGACUAGGUCCUGUCCCCUCGUAAACCCUCCAGAAGUAACACCAAUUCCACGAUGGAAACUCAUCCGACCACGAAAUCGUGCUCUUCCAAUAGCAGAUCCAAAAGCAGAGCUCAAAGUAAAGAAGCCUGAUCAAUUUAUUGAAAUCUCAAGUCCAUUGCUUAACUACAGGAUAGACACUAAAAUCAUGCCAGCAGAGAGAAAUGACCACCCACCCUUGGUUAAAAAAGCUGUGAUCACCAGCUUGACAGCUGUCAGUGAAAAUGAUGAGACACUCGAUCUGAAUGAUGCUGAAGAACUAAAGGUUCUGGAGUCACCUUUCCCUGCAGAGGAAACCCAACUGGAAUUGAACAAACCAGAUGCUCCCUUUUCAGUGGAGGUCCAACUUAGUAAGCAACCACUGGGGAGUAAUUUUGACAGCAAGAUGGAAAAACCACCUGAGUCCAUAAAAUCAGGUGCUCAGCAUUCAGCAAUUUCUCAGGCUGCUAAAAGUCAGCAUGGCAGCACAACAAGUCAACAUGGCAGUGUAGCUGAACAUAAAAAAGAAGAUACUUUGUAUAUUCGACCUCUGCUGGAGAGUUUAAUUGAAGACAGCACAUCCAGCUAUCCCACUGGUAGCCACCAGUUAUCACAGAUGUCCGGCUUAAUGGUAAACGCAGACCAUGUUGCUGAUUUUAAUGAACCAUUAGAAUACAAAGUGAACUGUACGGAAAAUUGGAUCGAUUAUGAAGACUUUUUCAAGUGUUUCCAGAAAUUGAUCAUUUUCCAUAGUCCAAAUAAAUACACAUAUUCGUUGCAAAAGUCAUGCUUGAAGCCCACAGAUGAUCGAGGACCAUACUACCUACAUGUAGAUCACAUCAAGCCUAUAGAAAUGUUGGUUACUUUCUCUGCACUGGUGCGUUGGGGCAAUAUCAGCUGUGAGAAAAACCUUAAAGGAAAUAAUGACAAAGAAAACAUGAAGGAAUUCUCAGGCAUUUCGCCAGGCAUCCUCAUUGCUGAGUCAUAUUCUUGGAAGAGUCUUGCUUCAAGCCCUCCAAUUCUAUACAUCAGAACUGUGGCAACAAAAUCAACUAUCUUAGAGCUACCUUGCGGGCGCCAUGUCAUCCGAUUUACUGCCACUUCUCCUCUUGGACACAAUAUUAAUAUAAGUAGUACAGUACCAUUUAUCUUUGGUGAUGAAGAUACAGUUUUAACACAUCUUAGCAAGGACAGCCUGCGAUUUACGCAGCAUGCUACCCAUAUUUUUAAAGCAAUUGACAAUGCGAUACAUGGCUUCAAUGAUGCGCAAGAACGUCGCAAAACUUCAAAGGAACUUCAACGUUGUCAUUUUCCAUUCCUAUUUGAAGAUGCUAACCUGGCUGAGAAACAAACCAAGGUCUUCCACAAAGCCGUUUACGCCACUUUAGCACACGCCCUUCGUGCUUGCCCCAGUCCUGAAGACUAUUUUGCUCUUAAAACACUCUUAGUUGAUAGCUCUCCAAAGCAGCUUAGGAUCGAAGGCAGAGCUUGCAUAAGUUCUGUUUCUGAUGUGCCUGAGCCAUGGAAGGAGAGGAACCCAACUAAGGAGGAAGCUGCAGCUGCCAGCAGAAUACAGAAUUGGUGGAGAGGUCACAUAUUUGGUGAACUCAGAUAUGCAAAUAAGAUAGGGUCAAAGCAGCACAAUUAUGUCAACGCUAUCCUGCAGGAAAUUUGGUAUUUACUGGAGUCAGACAUAGAGCAACAUGCCUCAUACUUACUUAGGUACAUGUUUGAUUUAAGCCCAGAACUGGCAAAACUGUAUCCAUUUUAUGAAGAUGACUGGUGUAAGACUAUAUUUGCAGAUUACACAACCACAUAUAGUGAUCAGCCUCCCAAUUUCUGGUUUGUGGUUUUCAGAGAAGUGUUUAAUGUCCCUAAAGAUAUGCUGAUCGUGCCAAAGAUUUACUCUGCACUACCCACGUGUGUUCUGCAUGUGGUCAAUAAUGAUACAGGAGAAGAAAUACCCAGGGUUUUUCAAAAGGUAGCUCCUCAUACAUACAAUAAAAAUACGACUGGCUAUACAUUCACAGCUGAAGCCCAAACUGGAAGCUUCCCAGUUCCCAGUGGUAAAUGGAAAUUACGUUUGAUUGGCUCCAGCUAUCCUCCUCCUGUUCUGGCAAAUGAAACUGUCAACAGCAGCUUUUCAAUGAAGGAGAUUAAGUCCUACUACAUUCCAAAUGACAAAAACAUCAUCUUCAGAUUCCAGGUCAAUGUGUAUAUAACUCAUCAAGCUACACUCCACAUGCAAACCUCCAAGCCAGAUGUAUACAUUGAGCUGCAAAUCCUAGAUAGGAAUGAAGAGGUAGCCAAAGCAACUGGAAAAGGCCAUACGAUAAUUCCUUCAUUCCUGUUUGCCUCAAAUACAGGACGUCCUACUAAUCAUAUACCUUCACGUAAACCUUCUGACGUUCCUAAUAAUUUGGGAACGUCAAAAAAAUUGGGAAGCACUUCAAGUAACAAGACUGGAAGGAGUUCUGCUAAGUUAGCAAGUGAACAAAAAUCACCUGUUCUAUUAGAUGAGAACACAUUUCGCAUGGAGGUGGAACAAUCAUUGGCAAAAGUGGUUCACAAAUACACUAUUCAAGCAUCAGUUCUUUACAGAAGCUGGCCACUAACUGAAAGUGAAGUAACUUUUGCUGAGUCGCAGAAGGAUAUGGACAUUGAAAUUGCAGAGCGGUCUAUUGAUCCUGCUUUUCCUGAGACUGAAGAAUCAAAGCCCCCAACAGCGAAACAUAGCAGAAAAGGAAAGGACAAGGGAGCUGAUAAGGACAAAGGAGGAAAAGAGAAAAAUGUGCCAACCAAGCCAGAGAUUCCGGUGCAGCAAAUUGAUUUAACAAAGCCCCACUUUACACUUCAUUAUGUCACUGAGUCUAGUGAAAGUGACUUUUUUGAGAUCAAGAAAGAUACUGAACGACAAGAUGAAAUUCGUGCUAUGAAGCGAGCUUGGGAAGCUGCAGAACCUGGAAGGGCUUUCAAAGCCUUACAACUCCGACUGCACGUCAUGAAUCACAAAGCAAUAGAUAAUACGUUGCUAAGUACUGCUGGGACAGAAGGCGAAAAUGUCAGUGAGGUUCCUUCUGAAGGCGAUACCAAUGAUGCAGCAACGCAGGAGGCGCCACCGACAGAUCAGUCUCAGAUUUUAGAAGAAAGUCAGCUCCCAGAUGGUGGCAAAACUUCACAAGAUCAGUUGAUUGAAGAUCUGAAGUGGACACGUCAUGUAAGGACUACACGACGUGUACCAGUUCUCAUGGAUGAAUAUGUUCUUGAAGAGCAGGGCAAUCGCAAGGCAGAAGAAAUUCGCAAGUUCCGCCAAAGGCGACAGGUGAUCCUGGAACAGCGAGAGAAAGAAAGGCAGUCUCGCCGUCAGCUGAAGGCACAGCAACUGCAAAUGUAUGAGGCUAUGCAGGAAGCCUUAGAUGAAGCUCGGAACAACGUCUACAAACUCAGAGAGUCAUACAGAAAUAAACUUAUCGAGGAAGAAUUGAAGCAAAGAGAAAUUGCAGCAAUGGAAGCAGCUCUCUGGGCAGAGCAGGAGAGAAAAGCCAUGAGUUCCACAAAUAAAAUACCUAAGAGCUCAGGAAGGAGAAAGUAAAACUGCAACAUGACAAUUCAUUUUCAAAGUUUUAGAUUGUAUUUUUAAUCACAUUUCAUUGAAUGACUUCCAGCCAUUAGUGUUUUUAACCAUAUCUCCAAACUUAUUUCCUAAGUUCCAUGCUCAUUUUCUUUUCCUAUAGUGUUAACUAAUUACUUUUGCUCAAGUUCAUAAUAGGUAGAUACUUGAAGUAAAAAUGCAAAAAUACAGUUUAUUUCUUUCCUAUUUACAGAUGCUGGUUGGCCUAUUCUGUUUUGCGUUUUUUUUGUUUUGAAUCUAUAGCCUUGAUUCAUGUAGGUCUCUUACUUUGGCGUUUCCGUGAGCUUUUUUUUCAAUUCUGAAUCACAAUUAUUAAACUUUGUUCUCUUGUAACACAGGCAUAUUUAGGGGAAGCUAAAUAAAUAUGAGGAAGUAACGAAUCAGAAGAAUAUGCUGAUUGUGUGAUUUGAUAAAAUUGGAAGAAGUUUGCAGAGAGCAUAAAUGCCAGCACAACCAUGUGAGCCAAAUGGCAUGCCAGCAUGGUCAGAGGCAAGCUUGGCACCUGAUUAAAAGUGCAGGGUGGUGCCUGGGGAUCAGAAACUUGUUCUAGCAUGCAAUGCUGCAAAACAGAUGCUAGCCAUUGCCGAGCUUAACAUUGCCUGAUAAAUUGAAACAGGUACGAGAGCAAAAGACCACCAAUGACAGCGUAUACUGGUGACCAAAUGGUCAAUAGAAAGGUACUUGGUCCUCACUCCUUAAGUGAAAGCAACUUUAAACACUUCAUUUUAAUUAAUACUUUCAACAGUUUAAUACUGCAGCAUUGAGUAUCAUCACAGUGCUGUCUGUUCUUGCUAUUUGCUACUUUGAAAAUUUCCCUGGCUCUCUGCAUCCACUGAACAACCUCUUCAACAAGCUUAACAGUUAAUUGGAGGUGAGUGAGUUGCUGUCUUCAUGAUUGAGCUUUGUGAAAAUCACCACCCAUUCCAGAGGCAUCAAAAAAUUAGCACUCAAGCCCAACAGUGGCCACAUCAGACCUUGACUUUGUGGCUGGAAGUAGCCAUGGUGCCUUCAAUUCAUUUCUACUCUAUGAUGACUGAGGAAAACCAAUAGGAAUAUUGGACCAGAAAUAAUGGGAACUGCAGAUGCUGGAGAAUCCAAGAUAAUAAAAUGUGAGGCUGGAUGAACACAGCAGGCGAAGCAGCAUCUCAGGAGCACAAAAACUGACGUUUCAGGCCUAGACCCUUCAUCAGAGAGGGGAGGGGGAGAGGGUUCUGGAAUAAAUAGGAAGAGAGGAAGAGGUGGACCGAAGAUGGAGAGAAAAGAAGAUAGAUGGAAAGGAGAAUAUAGGUGGGGAGGUAGGGAGGGGAUAGGUCAGUCCAGGGAAGACGGACAGGUCAAGGAGGCAGGAUGAGGUUGGUAGGUAGGAAA